CGGGACGGGCGUCCUGCGGCCAUGUGGAGCUGCGCGGGGCGCCGUCGCCGCCGGCUCCUGGCGGGCCUCUUCCUGCUGCUCCUGGCGGCCGUCGUGAUGCGCAGGUUUAAUUUGACCAGUAUAAUUCCCAUGCGAUUCUGGGGCAGAGUGCUGGGCUUGCAGGCCAAGGACUCGCAGUUCCUACUGGAGGAGAAGCCAUUUCGCAUCCUUGGCGGCUCGGUGCACUAUUUCCGUGUCCCCCGGGAAUAUUGGAGGGACCGCUUGCUCAAGAUGAAGGCGUGCGGCUUGAACACCCUCACAACGUAUGUUCCAUGGAAUCUUCAUGAGGCAGUGAGGGGGACAUUUGACUUCAGUGGAAACUUGGAUCUGCAGGCUUUUCUUAGGACAGCAGAAGAAGUUGGGCUAUGGGUGAUUCUGCGCCCUGGACCAUAUAUCUGCUCUGAGUGGGACCUUGGUGGCCUGCCCAGCUGGUUGCUCCAGGACCCUGAAAUGCAGCUGAGGACAACCUAUAAGGGCUUCACUGAGGCUGUAGAUUCUUACUUUGAUCAUCUGAUGCCUGAGGUGGUCCAUCUUCAGUACAAGAACGGAGGACCAAUCAUUGCCAUGCAGGUGGAGAAUGAAUACGGCUCCUAUGCCCAAGACCAAAAUUACAUGGCCUACAUAAAGCAGGCCCUGCUGAACAGGAAGGUGGUGGAAUUAUUGGUGACCUCGGAUAAUAAAGAUGGCCUGUCCGCCGGCUUUGUACACGGAGCCUUGGCCACUAUUAACUUUCAGAAGUUGGAGCCGAAACUCUUGUCCUCCCUCAGUGAAAUACAGAAAGACAUGCCAGUGAUGGUGAUGGAGUACUGGACCGGUUGGUUUGAUAGUUGGGGAGGACCUCAUAACAUCUUUGAUGCGGAUGAGAUGGUGGAAAGGGUUGAAGCUGUCAUUAGAUCAGGAGCAUCCAUCAAUUUGUACAUGUUCCACGGUGGCACCAAUUUUGGCUUCAUGAACGGCGCUCUGCAUUUUGAUGAGUACAAGUCAACCAUCACCAGCUACGACUAUGAUGCUGUGCUGACUGAGUCUGGAGAUUACACUGCCAAGUACUUCAAACUGCGCAAUCUUUUUUCCAGAAUCCUGGAGACUCCUCUCCCUCCGCUCCCUGUAGUUUUACAUAAAGCAUCGUACGGGGCAAUCCUGAUGCAGCAGUAUAUCUCGCUGUGGGAAUUGUUGCCGUCAUUGAUAGAGCCUGUGAAGUCAGAAUACCCCAUUAACAUGGAGAAUCUGCCAGUCAAUAAUGGCAACGGACAGGCUUUUGGCUACACCCUCUAUGAGACUCUCAUCCUUGGCGGAGGAACACUGUAUUUCCAUGAUUACAUCCGAGACCGAGCACAGGUGUUUGUUAAUACUCAAUAUAUUGGUCACCUUGAUUACAACAUACAGGAACUCUCCAUUCCUAACAGACAGGGAUAUAGACAGCUCCAAAUCUUAGUAGAGAACUGUGGGCGAGUAAACUAUGGGCUUAAUCUGAACAACCAGCGGAAAGGCUUAAUUGGUGACGUCUUUUUCAACAAAACCUCCUUGAGAAACUUCAAGAUUUACAGCCUUGAGAUGAAACCCAGCUUCAUGGAAAGUCUGCGUGGAGCCUCUCCUUGGAGUGCCAUCCCUGACAGCGCCGUGGGUCCUGCAUUCUUCCGGGGAUCCCUGCAAGUACAAUAUAUGCCUCAGGAUACUUUCCUGAAGCUCGAGGGCUGGGAAAAGGGAGUUGUAUUUGUCAAUGGUCAGAACCUUGGUCGCUACUGGAACAUUGGUCCUCAGGAAACACUCUACCUCCCAGGAACAUGGCUCCAACAAGGGUUCAAUGAAAUCAUUGUGUUUGAAGAGCAUCUUGGAGGCCGUAUCAUCCAUUCCACAGAUUUGGCCUUCUUGGGAAGGGUUCAGUACGUGGUCUGAGCUCUUCCUGAUUGCUCCACCUCUACUGGUAGUAAUGGUUAAGGUUAUGCUUCUUAACUGAUUGUGGGAGUCCAAAGUGUCUGGAUGCAGACCUUCCUCCCUCUCAUUGUGAAAACUAUCCUUAUAUUUUCUAGUUAUGGGUGGCGUUUGGGCAGUGAAGGCCCACCUUGUGAGUUAAUUUAGGAGGUUGACUAAGAGUUCGUGAAGAAAGAAAGAAACCCAGAUAGCUAGGAAUGUUCUCCUAAAGGAAUUCAACUUUACUACUGGUUCUCUUGUCCUGUAACACUAAAUGCUAAGGACCUGACAAGGGAAUGAAUGUGCAGAAGCCGUCAGGGAUCGACUGGAUUUAAACAGCUGAUCUGCAAUGGUUUGACUUGAAUCAGCCUUUGUGUUUGUGGCUGGAAAAGGAACAUUCCCUUUUGCACCUCUAGUAGUCAGUGACAGGGCUUUUAAGGCCAUUGAAGCUGCCAGUCUUAGGUACCUGAUUUGGUCAUGAGACAGGCUGUGAAGGAGUGUAAUUUUUACACCUUUGCAUUAAUUUAGCCGUUAAAUCCAGAUCUUUAUGGUUAUAGAAAGACACUAGGAACACCAAGUUUGGGCACUUAAUGCCAGCAACUGAUGGGGAGUUCCAUGCAAGCCAUAUGGAAAUGAAUGGAGAUUGCAUUUUGGUGACAUGUAGUGGAUUUGGGGGGCUUGGAGUUGGGCUUCAUGCAAGCUACACAGAACACCUGUAACAUCCGAAGGCCCUUGCCACGUGGAUUGCUCUUGCAGCUCUCCCCAACACCACCACAAGUUCUUGCGGUCACAAAUAAUAAGGUGUGAGUGCUGGGCCAGGGGGGUGGGGUGGGGAUGUACGUCUGCAUCAAGACUUCACAUGCGCUAACCUGGCGCUAAACUUUAGAAGCACCACCUCGAGCAGUCACAGGCAGGAGAAAGCUGCAAUGCCAGCCCCUACUUGUAUAGACCCCACCCCCAAAGACAAACUAAAAACGGUGCUGUUUCAGAAAAUAAAUACGUCCAGCAAAACAAAACCUUCACAUAAUGUUACCCAACUAUGUUGGGAUUCCGUGCAGUAUGCAUCAGACAUCUCCAACACGGUGCCCCCUGAGUGUAUUGGGACUGCAGCUCUUGGAAUGCCCAGCCACUGUGCCUUUCUAGAAUGGACCACAUAGGGGACAUUUGUCCCCGUCCAUACAGAGGCUCCACUCUGGAGAUAAUCCUCAGAUCAUGACUGUCUGUGUUGAGGCUCAACUCAGCCAUGUCUCCUGCUUCUGCUGGAGGUUCAUCCUGAGAGAGGAUGGUCUGCUUCUGUGCAUUUUUGAAAGGAGGGACUGGAUCUGUUUUAAAAAUGACCCUUUUCAAGCUUCUAAAAAAGGGAAAAGGGAGCAUAGAUCCUUUCCCCAGUGUGAUGCCCUCCAGUGUUUUGAGGUACAACAUCUUUGAUCCCAGAAGGCCAGUGGAUGAUGGAUCUUGUAUCCCCAACCUUGAGGGAAGCACAGGGUGGAAGAAGCUGGUGUAAGCAAUAAACUUCCGUCUCUGUAUCCUAAUUUCUUUUUCUCCUUUCAGCGUUAGUCAAGACCUCCGUUUCCCUUUUGGAGCCAAAUGCUGUAAUAGCUGUGGGCAUAACUGGUGUCCGAUGUCCUCCUAGAACUCACCUGCAAUUGGUUGCGUAUUGCAGGCACACCCAGACCCACCCACCCACCCAAAGCAAAUUUGCUUUUCUAGGCAUUGCUCAGGUCAGCCGUCAAGGUACAAUUUAGUCAUAAUUCUGCCCCCCCCCCUUUAUAGUAUGGCCCUCUAGCAAUUGCAGUCACCAGAGAUGUUGAGGGGCUUCUGGCUGUUAAAAUAAAAACAUGGAGAAUAGUGCAGCUGUAAAAAGAGAAGCUGGGGAUGGGGGGGAAAGGGGUACGCCCCUUCCACCUGUUCUGUGCUCUGCAAUUCACAUGCAUCCUGGUAUCAAAAAAUGUGAAGCUUCUGUCGCCUCCCGAGCUCACAGCCUGCCAUCCGCCGUGUGCUUCUUUGCAAAAAUGGGAGGAAAUCAGGAUGAAUCAUUGUGAUUUUCUCUUUUGUCUAUGAUUUACUGCAGCCUGGCAGAGUUGUAGUCAUAAAAUGGAGGAGGGAGGGGGGGAGACACACCAGCGGAAGAAAUUGCAAUUGGAAAGAAGUGCUGCACCAAAGUUAUUUUUUAAAAAAAAAAUGAAUGAAUGAAUAACUGCCUCUCAAUUCCCCUUUAAUCAAAGGUUAGGCUGGUGUUUUGUUUUGAAAGCCUGUGUCUAAAUUCUGUAUUGUUGGAUGCGAAUUUUACUCAAAUGCUGUUCUCUCUCCCCACCGACAGUAACCGAGUUUUUGAGUUUUUUCAUAAAGUCGUAUUAAGGCCCAGUUGGUUUGUUGGUUGGUUUUUUUCCUGUGACUGGUUUGCUAAACAUUGGUAUAAAUGGAAAAAGAAAAAAGAAAAUAUGUCUCUAUUAUUAUUAUUUAUUGUUACCGUUAUCAUUUCCCCUAUCACAAGAGGCCUGCCAUUAGUCCCAAGCACUAUUUGAGUCCAUGCUGCAUAAGCAUCUUUCUCACUCAAGUUAAAGAUUAAAAAAAUAACUCUA